UUUGGGCCGACCAGAAAUAAAUCUUAGUUUGGGCCGAAUGCUCCGAAAACGACCGCGUCUGUUUACUCUGUGACGAAGAAGCAAACGACUCAGCGACGAAGGAAGUGACCAUGGCGGUCCGAUCAGCGACGCGUGCAAAACCCUCACGGAGAUCGACGGCUUCGACCUCCAAGCUCUUCAGAAACCCCCAAGUGCCCUUCGCUUUCGCUUUGAUUUUCGCCGAUGCCAUACUCGUCGCUAUCAUCAUCGCUUACGUUCCUUAUACGAAGAUUGACUGGGACGCUUACAUGUCACAGGUAACUGGGUUUAUUGGAGGAGAAAGGGAUUACAGCAAAUUGAAAGGGGACACAGGGCCUCUGGUCUAUCCAGCUGGGUUUCUUUAUAUUUAUUCCGCAAUUCAGUAUGUUACAGGGGGAGAGAUCUUUCCAGCUCAGAUAUUAUUUGGCCUUUUGUACAUUAUAAAUCUGGGAAUCAUCUUAUUCAUCUACACGAAGACUGACGUGCUUCCAUGGUGGGCUCUUAGCUUGCUUUGUCUGUCAAAAAGAGUGCACUCUAUCUUUGUGCUUCGUCUUUUUAACGACUGUUUUGCCAUGAUGCUCUUUCAUGCUGCAUUGGCAUCACUUCUUUACAAAAAGUGGCAUCUAGGGUUGAUCAUUUUCAGUGGGGCUGUUUCAAUAAAGAUGAAUGUACUCCUAUACGCUCCACCUCUAUUUCUUCUCAUGCUAAAGGCUAUGGAUAUUAGUGGGGUGAUAUCAGCUUUAGCUGGUGCUGCACUGGUGCAGAUCCUGCUGGGGCUUCCUUUCAUCAUAGCAAAUCCAAUUGCUUACAUAUCAAGAGCCUUCAAUCUUGGGCGUGUCUUCAUCCACUUUUGGUCUGUUAACUUCAAGUUCAUUCCUGAACCAUUUUUUGUUUCAAAGGAAUUUGCAGUCUCUUUGCUUUUUGCUCACCUCAUGUUACUUGCAAUUUUCACUCAUUAUAGAUGGUGCAAGCAUGAUGGGGGGCUUCUCAACUUUUUGCAUUCUAGAUUUGUCUCUUUGAAGAAGUCUGACAAUAGCAGUUCAUCCUUGAAGAUACUCAAGAAAGAACAUAUCGUGACAACAAUGUUUGUUGGGAAUUUCAUUGGCAUCAUAUGUGCCCGAUCAUUGCAUUAUCAGUUCUAUUCUUGGUAUUUCUAUAGUUUGCCCUACCUAUUGUGGCAAACAACCUUUCCUACAUUGCUACGUUUAAUUUUGUUUAUAGGGGUAGAGAUUUGCUGGAAUAUCUAUCCUUCAAAUGCUUAUUCAUCUGCAGUGCUUCUCUUCCUCCACUUGGUUAUACUAUGGGGUCUUUGGUCUGCCCCAUCUGAAUAUCCUUAUGCGGAUAACAAGGCAACCAAGGAAAAAUGAAAAAAAAAGAAAAAGAAAAAAAAAAAAAAGUCUUUUAACUCUUCAACUAUAAAUGUAAACUUCACCAUUGACUACAAAAACAGCUGUUUGUAACUGGUUUCUUCUUGUAAGAGUGAUGAACCUUAAUCAGCGUUCUAUACUAUCUAUUUUGAAGCUCAAGCAGAUGUGCAGCCGGUGCGUUUAAUAGAGCUCCAUUUUGUUUGA